CGAUAGAGUUGCCAAGCGAUUUUGAAACUAGCGAACCUUGUGUUUUUAAAAUGAUUGGGAAGUUUCUUAGUGUUCUGCCUGAGAGAUUCGAAGAUGAUUUGAAACAGGAAAGAGUCAUCUUUGAACUAAUUUUUAAGACUCUUGAGAGAGCGUUCCAGACUCGACUUGAUCUUAUUACGAAGGAUUUUUGGUAUGAAAAGGAAAUUCUCAAUAAGAUAAAUGUGGUGGAUGAACUGAAACUUCUCAAAGACCUGCUUAGUGAAGCUGAUGUGCCACUUAGUUACAGUCAUAAUGAUUUACUAGUCAAGAAUAUCGUAUACAACAAGGAUGAAGGAGUUCUUUCGCCUUGCGCCCGGCGCUCAUCCCACCCCAGUGGAGGUACCAGUGAGUUUGCGAGCACAGCUGACCUGCUAUAUUUAACGGAUUACACCAACUCUUUGCUAUUUCACGGCCUCGCCAAAUUUACUGACGGACAUAUUCAGCAUCGCAACGCAGAUUUUUGGAGUUUUGCUAUUGGUCAGGCCUUAUUCACGACGGCGGUUCACCUCUACCAGCCAGCGAACACACGUUUAUGUUGUUCGCCGCGCACUUAUCUCGUUCUCUUAAAGCCAGUUCCAUUAAAGUAUAUCUCUCUGGACUCUGGAGUUCGGUCUUUGCACAUUGAACACGGUUUCAGAAACCCCCUAGAGAACUGCUUUCGUCUGGAACGAGUGCUGCGGGGCAUAAAGAGAUUACAAGGGACUGGGACUCAAAAACGUUUACCUAUUACGAUUUCGGUUUUACGAAAACUGUAUCAGCUAAUCGACCAGACAAAGUAUAUGGACGCGUUAUUUUGGGCCGCUUGUUUGACAGGCUUUUUUGGCUUUCUGCGGUACGGCGAGUUCACAACACACUCAUCGCGCUUUGAUACUAAUCUCAAUUUGUCCUUGAAUGACAUAUCCAAGUUGAUAAGCGCAUUAACCCUACGGUGGUAUUAAUCAAUAUUAAAGUGUCCAGAAUGGAUCAGUUUUUAAGGGUCACGUUGUGCGUAUUGGUGCAUCCCGGGCGAAAAUUUGCGCCGUGCAAGCCCUGAUGAGUUAUCUUCAUCUUCGAGGCAAUAGUCCAGGACCUUUAUUCGCCCUUCCAAACGGACAACCUUUAUCGCGUGACAAGUUUUGUACUUGGCUCAAAGAUGCGAUGUUACGUAUCGGUCAAACCGGACAUUAUUCCGGACAUAGUUUUCGAAUUGGCGCCACAACCACAGCCGCCGCAGUUGGUAUUCCUGACCAUUUGAUUAAAACACUUGGCCACUGGAUUUGUGAUGCAUAUCAAUUGUAUAUGCAUGUGCACCUGCGGCAACCCUAGAGGGCGUAGCUUCCCGUUUGGCAGUUUAACACGCACCUUGUCAACACCUUUUGACAUAAACACGAAGUUUUAUAUAUGCACUGCACUAGUUGUUGUUAAUGUAUUCUUUGAGUUGUAAAUAGUAAUAAUUGUGGUAUUAAAAAUGAAAAAAAAUAUUGAACGAAAUUCUGUCUAAUCGAUCGUCUUUUCCGUUAGUAUGCGUCGGUCGUUGUCGUGCCCGACGUUUUCUUUUGCCGCCAGCGCCUCACACCUCACACCAUUUUGCGCCUAUAUCGUGUGCGUUUGUCCUUCCUGUGGUCGUUCGUUUCCAACGACAGCGCAUUAUUUUAACAAAUCUAUCUUGCGUUCCCGCAGGUAGUACGGUUUGUCGUUUGUAUCCAACGACAGCGCAUUAUUUUAGCAAAUCUAUCUUGCGUUCACACAGAUAGUACAGUUUGUCGUUUGUAUUCAACGAAAGCGCAUUAUUUUAGCAAAUCUAUCUUGCGUUCCCGCAGGUAGUACGGUUUGUCGUUUAUAUCCAACGACAGCGCAUUAUUUUAGCAAAUCUAUCUUGCGAUCCCGCAGAUAGUACGGUAUGUCGUUUGUAUCCAACAACAGCGCGUUAUUCUGGUCAAUCUGUUUAUGUCAUCUUCUGGCCAGCGUCCAUAGCCCGCGCUUCGCUAGCUCGGUACUUGGAUGGGUGAUGCUUGCAGCAUCUUUUGGUUGGCAUGGAUCUUUCUUUAAUCCAAGUACCAGUGCUAGUUUCAAGGCCACCUGCGACCUUGCCUCGUUCUCGGGCCACCUCGGACUACAGCUUCCACCUAACCUUCCAAAUUGGUAAGUAAGCAGUGGGGACUACUGUUAACCUAGAUAUUAAAACAUGGGACGCUAAACGCUAUCUUUGAAGCCAAAUUUGAAGGGUGGUUUUCUGAGUUUUUGAACGUUUGAGGCAGACUUAGAGAGUAAUUAUCUUGGAAUAUCUAAAACUAUGCACAGGAAUUACAAUAAUUUGCUAAUUUUUGUAAAUUAAAGUUACAACGAGAAACAGUCAAAAAUUUGUUUUUGACACAAACCCAGUGUCUCUUUUUAACAAAUGCAGAAUAUUGAUACUACGUUUACACUACUCCGGAUCGGUCCGAAAACGGUGCAAAAAACUAUCAAACCGGGAUUGCAUUUACACCGCACCGGAGCGGAUUUGUUCGAAACCAUCACCUUUGCCGCAGCGCCACGACCACACUUUCUAAACGUGGUUGAACGAAAACGGAGCGCUACAUGGCGUUGUGUAAACACUGCACGGUUAAUAUUUCGCUGCACUUUAUUACCAGUCCCUUACGAUGGGUCAGUGAUAAUAUCAUUUAGAAUUCUCAUUUGAUCACACUGUACUUUGGCUGACUUUUUUAUUUCCGUAUAUAUUUCUCUUUUCAAAGCCAUGUCCUCUUUAGCCACAUCGAGUAAUGCUUUUUUCCAUAGGUACUUUUUCAAUAAUUUUGAAUUUCGCUCGUUUACAAUAGUCAAUACGAUCAACCACAAUUUCUUCUUUUCAAACGAUUUGUGGUAGUCGCUUCUUUAUCAGUUUCCCCUUGGCCAUAAUCUUCACCAUGCUCUUCUUCUCUUUUCAAGUAGCGUUCAUCUAUAUUAUCAUGUACUGGAUCCUGCGACAAGAUGUCCAAUGUUUCUAUACCAUUGUCUAUCAUUUCCGUAGCAGGGCUCUCUCCCGAAAUAUUCUGGCAAGAAUCGUAAAAUGUCGCCACCACGCGACCUUUCGCGAAUUUUUCGCGAAGACGUUAACUCACGAAUGUUGACAGUGAAUGACGAUUAUGUGUAAACAAACGCCCACGAAACCGCACCGGAAUUCAAAGGGAUAAGUGUAAACGCAGUCAAAUUCUGCCGUCACAUUUUCGCUCCGGAGUAGUGUAAACGUAGUCUGAGAAGUAACCUUUCAUGAGAGACGACAAUACACAGGAAAUAUUUAAUAAAAUCGUUUAAGUUUUAUAUAAUCCUUAGAUUACACUUCCACAACUUGAUUAAUAAAGAGAAGGCAACGUUUUCUGCAUAAAAGCCAUAUUAAUUUUUACCACCACUUCCUCUGUUGUCAAAUCAUGGUUUCAGCAACAACAUUCUGAAUUAUCUGAUCAUUAAUAUCUGCAAUUUAAGCUCGUACCAGUCGGCAAAGACGAUCGUCUGACAUUGGUGAUACGCGUGGUCUCGAUUGAGUGUAUAUAUAAAAUACUACGUGCAUGAUAUUGACAAAAAGUUGGAAGAUCUGAGCGAAAAUAUGAACCGAUCGGCGAUAACUCUCUACUACAUCUGUAAUAUUGCCAGGUGGCAAUCAUACAUGGACUUACUGAAUUGACCUACAUUUAGACAUACUAAAUCAAACAUUGUUCUGAAGUUUGCAUGCAAUUCUGAUGCAAAAUUAAAAACUUUAUGAUGAAAAUCAGAUUCAUGCAGCAGCCUAACCUGCCCUAAUACUAAUUUUCUCUUG